AUGGGGUGGUUGCCUGUCCAGGAGGGUGUUGAAAUUGAAAAAAUUCAGAAGGAUGAAACAACAAAGAAGGAGGAGGAAGAAAACUACCUGGAUUUAUUUUCCCACAAGAAUAUGAAACUGAAAGAACGAGUUCUGAUACCUGUCAAACAGUACCCCAAGUUCAACUUUGUUGGAAAGAUUUUGGGACCUCAAGGCAACACCAUUAAGAGACUUCAGGAAGAAACUGGUGCUAAGAUUUCUGUGCUGGGGAGGGGCUCAAUGAGAGACAAAGCCAGGGAGGAGGAGCUGCGCAAAGGGGGGGACCCGAAAUACGCUCACCUAAACAUGGACUUGCACGUCUUCAUCGAGGUUUUUGGGCCCCCCUGCGAGGCCUAUGCCCUGAUGGCUCAUGCCAUGGAGGAGGUCAAGAAGUUCCUUGUUCCAGAUAUGAUGGAUGAUAUCUGCCAGGAGCAGUUCCUGGAGCUGUCCUACCUGAACGGUGUCCCAGAGCCGAACCGCGGCCGAGGCGGCCCCGGGCGGGGAAGGGGAGCAGCUCCACCACCACCUCCACCCGUUCCAAGGGGCCGUGGGGUUGGUCCCCCUCCUCCUCCUCCUCCUCGGGGGGCCCUGGGCUACGACGACACGUACGCAGACCAGAGCUACGAGGGCUAUGAGGGCUACUACAGCCAGGGCCAAGGGGACACAGAAUACUAUGAUUAUGGACACGGGGAGGCACAGGAAACCUAUGAAGCUUAUGGCAGGGACACCUUUCACCUGCCCAGGAUCUGCCCUGCCUGGUGUCUGGGAAGGAGGGAAGCACUUCCUGCAGCUGUCCCUGAUGGGCAAGAUGACUGGAAUGGGACCCGGCCCUCCCUGAAGGCCCCGCCGGCCAGGCCAGUGAAGGGGGCCUACCGAGACCACCCCUACGGACGCUACUGAGAACACAAAACAUGAGGGAAAAAUCCCACUUUUGAGCAAAACAGUUGUUACUGAUUCUUGUAUCUCCCGGGAUUCCCGUUGCUUUGCCCACACCAGACAAGUAAUUGUCUAACUGUUUUUCUUCGUGGCCCCUUUUUCUCCCACUCCAUCCUCACCCUGCAUUUCGGCUUCUGUACGUAGUACUUUUAAAAGAUGAGUUAAAUAGAUUUUUUUUUUUUUUUAAUUAGAGGAAGCGACUUUAAAUUUUUAUUUUUAUUUUUUUUUCCAGUGUGUAGGUGGCUUUUUCUUUCUUUGUCGUUUAGAUAAACUCAACUGUACCUUUCUUUUUUUUUUUUUUAAGGAAAAAAAAAAAAAAACAACAAAAAAAACCUACAAAACCACAGUUUAAAAGUGUUAGUUUUCCAAAGUGACAUGCUUUGCUUAGCAGCUAUGAAAUUAAGGUUUUUGUUUAAAACUUUUUAAAGUUUGUUUUAAAGGAACCCAUAAAGGUUGUAGUUGCAGAAUCCCAAAGUAGGCUACAUUUCAAAAUUCAGGGCUGUUUUUAAGCAUUAAAAUCAUAAUGUAACGGUAGUAGCUGCCACCAUUUCUAAAAAAAAAAAGGAAAAAAGUAACUUCAGAUGCCAAAACUUCUUUAUAAGGAGAUUGCUGGUGAAUCUUGAAGUUUAAAUUUUAAUAUGAAAGAUCCUCCAACAAAUUAAAUAGCUUUUUUUUUUAAAGAGAAUUGACCUAAAAGAAAAAUUAGGUUUGUAAAAUUGACUUUUCUUAUGUGGAUUUUGAAAUCUAGCCCCCCGUGCAGUGUUGAGAUAUGCUUGGGAAGCAGAUAUUUCCAGUGUAAAGGGGUUCUUAGUUUGGUUCUAGAUGAACAAUUUUAAGGGACAAAAACAAAGCAUGGCUCUAAUUGCCCAGUGUUUGAUAGUAGAAAGCAGAAUAUUCCAUGGGUAGGUCUGAACUCUGUAAAAUUCUCAUUUUUUAUAGUGCUUGGGGCAGAUAAUCCAGUGCAAGUUUAAAAAGAAAACACAAAAACAAAGUAAAAAUGUCAAUAUUAGCAGUCCCAUCGACUUGUUCAAGUGUAUCUCAGCACGAGCCUUGCAUAAAAAGGGACACUGCAGCUGGGAAAAAAAAAAACCAACAAAAUGAUCAAAAAUUUCACUUUGUACAUAAGAUAAAGUCCUAAUUGGAUUUGUACACUGUCCUCCCACUCUGUUCUGGAAGAGAAAAUGCUACAUGUGUAAGUCUGCCUAACUAGGUAGCUAAAAACGUGUCAAAAUGUCUGUCGCAAUUUGUCAAUAAAGUUUAGUCCUUUUUUAAUCAAA